AGAGUGCGUGCGUCAGUUCACUGUCCUUUUCCGCUCUGGCUCUCUUUUUCCUGUUCAGAAGUAAGAAAUCGCAAGCUAAGGGCUAUAUGAGCAAAGGCCGUCGGUGAGUUCGGAGAUGGCUUUCUUGGCUAGCUUACCUCUCUCCAUCAGUAAUAAUUUCCCUCUAAGUUUCAACGUAGAAUUCGAAUUCGCCACCACGACCCAUCUGAAAAUGCCGUCCACUUUCCCCGCCUCUCAUCUUCCACACUCCAAAGCAGGGCCCGGAACCCCAAGAAGACAGCGAAGCUUAAACCCUGAUACCCUUGUCUUCAAUUCCAGGACCAAUCCUACCGCUUGCAGCGUGGGCACCACACAAGUGGUAGAAGAAGCUGAAGUUGAAGUUACAGAUGGGUGUACCAUUACUCAGUUUUGUGAUAAGAUGAUUGAUGUCUUCAUGAAUGAGAAACCUCGACCAAAGGACUGGAGGAAACUGUUGGUGUUCCGGGAGGAAUGGAAUAAGUACAAGGAGAGCUUCUAUAAUCGGUGUCAAUCCCGGGCUGAUACCGAAAAUGAUCCUGCUAUGAAGCAAAAGCUAAUCUCAUUAGCGAAAAAAGUGAAGAAAAUUGAUGAUGAGAUGGAAAGGCACACUGAACUUCUCAAAGAGGUACAGCAAAGCCCAACAGACAUUAAUGCAGUUAUGGCAAGAAGGCGUAAAGAUUUCACUGGGGAAUUCUUCCGUCACCUCACUCUCCUUUCUGAGACCUAUGAUAACCUGGAUGACCGUGAUGAAAUGGCAAGACUUGGAGCCAAAUGCCUGUCAGCAGUCUCUGCAUACGAUAACACUGUGGAGAACAUGGAGUCGUUAGAUGCUGCUCAGGCAAAGUUUGAUGAUAUCCUGAACUCACCUUCACUUGAUAUGGCCUGUGAAAAGAUCAAAAGCAUGGCCAAGGCCAAAGAGCUUGAUUCUUCAUUGAUCCUACUGAUAAACAGUGCUUGGGCUUCAGCAAAAGAAUCCCUGACCAUGAAGAACGAGGUCAAAGAUAUAAUGUAUCAGCUAUACAAAACCACAAAAAGCAGCCUGAGGAGCCUCACACCGAAGGAGAUAAAGUUACUCAAGCAUCUACUGAACAUCAUAGAUCCUGAGGAGCGAUUUUCAGCAUUGGCCACUGCCUUUUCUCCUGGAGAUGAACAUGAAGCCAAGGAUCCCAAUGCCCUUCAUACUACUCCCAAGGAACUGCACAAGUGGAUAACAAUCAUGCUUGAUGCAUAUCAUCUGAACAAACAAGAGACCGACAUAAGGGAAGCCAAGCAAAUGACCCAGCCAGUGGUUAUUCAAAGGCUUUUCAUCCUCAAGGAAACAAUUGAAGAGGAAUACUUGGAACGAAGAACUGACACGGAAGAAGAUCCUAAAUCCAAAGAGUAGUGAGUUGCAGAUCUUCAUCUUUAUUUCCCUGCUCUCCUCUUUCUUUCCCAGCAUUUGCUCUCCCACUUCAAUCUUCAGCUUGCCUGUCAAAGGAGAGAAGAAAAUCAUCAGGUUGGUAAAGCCUAUCUUCUUACAAGACAAAGAAACUUGAACUGCACUUUGUGGAAGUCAAGAGUCAGGCAUUUCUGCAAUUUUAAUAUAUGAAGAUCAAGAGUGCUGUUGAACCAACUGUCCUACAUUUGAUGUUUAUCUGAUUGAGCUUCGAUCACCAUAUCAGAGUGAAGUUAUUAAUGGCAUGAAAAAGAAGGGGACAAAAUUAGAGCACAAUUACAUAGAUUGCUCUUAGUCUGAGGUUCAUGAUGAUAGUCUUGCCAGCUGCAAUGUGAUGCGCUAGUGGAUACGCACCUUAUUCUGAAGUAAUGUUAUCAACAGUCAGUCUGUGUUGUUACUUUCUAUUAAACAAGCCCUGGCGGCACUGGAAGGUUCAUUUGAUGCAGUUUACUCAUGCCGUCGCUUCACCUGAUUUGAGUAAUAGAACUGAAACAAAUGUGACACAAAAUUGAGCAUGUUUAGUGACUUAAGUGCCAAGGAUUCCUAAUACAAACCGCGGAUUCAUAUUCC